GGAUGGGUUGCUGAGACCAGCCUCUUCCUCCCCGGGACUUUCCGGAGCGGCGGUGCCUUCCUGCCCCCGCCGGUCCCCAAGUCACCCCCGCGCUCUCCCCGCAGCCCGGCGGCCGGCCCCGCGCAGACAUGGACGAGCAGUUCCAGCCCUGCCUGGAUGGGCUUGACUACGAUGACUUCAAUUUUGGUCCCCACAUGGUGGAGCAGAAGGAGCCCCUGAUGGAGACAGUGGAAGGUCCCUACCUUGUCAUCAUCGAGCAGCCAAAGCAGCGGGGGUUCCGGUUUCGGUACGGCUGUGAGGGCCCUUCCCACGGGGGGCUGCCCGGAGCAUCCAGUGAGAAGGGGCGCAAGACCUAUCCCACAGUCAAGAUCUGCAACUACAAUGGGAUGGCCCGGAUCGAGGUGGACCUGGUGACACACAGUGACCCUCCCCGCGUGCACGCCCACAGCCUGGUGGGCAAGCAGUGCAACGAGGCUGGCAACUGCGUGGCCAUUGUGGGACCCAAGGACAUGACAGCUCAGUUCAGCAACCUGGGUGUGCUCCACGUCACCAAGAAGAACAUGAUGGAGAUCAUGAAGGAGAAGCUGAAGCAGCAGAAGAUGCGCAAUAGGAGCCAUCAUCUGACAGAAGUGGAGCUGCGCGAGAUCGAGCUGGAGGCGAAGGAGCUGAAGAAGGUGAUGGACCUGAGCAUCGUGCGGUUGCGCUUCACCGCCUACCUCCGGGACAGCAGCGGGAACUUCACCCUGGCCCUCCAGCCCGUCAUCUCCGACCCCAUCCACGACAGCAAGUCCCCUGGAGCUUCCAACCUGAAGAUCUCCCGGAUGGACAAGACGGCCGGCUCCGUGCGAGGAGGGGACGAGGUCUACUUGCUGUGUGACAAAGUGCAGAAAGAUGAUAUCGAGGUGCGUUUCUAUGAGGACGAUGAGAACGGCUGGCAGGCUUUCGGGGACUUCUCCCCCACCGACGUGCACAAGCAGUACGCCAUCGUCUUCCGCACUCCCCCCUACCACAAGCCCAAGAUCGACCGCCCCGUCACCGUCUUCCUGCAGCUGAAGCGGAAGCGGGGGGGAGAUGUGAGUGACCCCAAGCAGUUCACCUACUACCCCGUGGUGGAAGAUAAGGAAGAGGUGGAGAGGAAGCGCAAGAAAGUCCUGCCUCAGUUUCCCCAGCACUUUGGUGGGGGCUCGCACAUGGGAGGUGCCGGUGGGGGGGCCGGGGGCUUUGGCUCUGGAGGAGGUGGCAGCCUCAGCUUCCCCUACUCCCCCGGGCUGGCCUACAACAGCAUCUACUCACCUGGUCCCCACCCCGUGGGGGGCUACCAGGGGGGUGUCCAGAUGAAGGGCCCCGAGGCAGAGGGGUCCGGGAACGAGGGGCAGAGCCCCCCAGAGAGCACAAACUGCAAGGAGCUGCAGCAGCACGCCCAGCUCUGCCAGCUGUGGAUGCUGGCACUGGCACAUGGCAAUGCCCACGCCCUGCUGGACUACUCGGUGACCGCUGACCCCCGUGUGCUGCUGGCUGUCCAGAGGCACCUGGCUGCAACACAGGACGAGAAUGGGGACACCCCUUUGCACCUCGCUAUUAUCCACGAGCAGACAGCUGUGAUCAAGCAGCUGAUCGAGGUCAUUGCCAGCAUCCCCAGCCAGCAGAUCAUCAACAUCUCCAACAACCUGCAGCAGACACCACUGCACCUGGCGGUCAUCACCAAGCAGCCCCAAGUGGUCCAGCUCCUGCUGCAAGCCCACGCUGACCCCACCUUACUGGACCGCUACGGGAAUUCCCUGCUGCACCUGGCCCUGCAGGCUGGGGACGAGGAGGUGCUGAGGACACUGCUGUCACACCUGGGCUCUGCUGCUCCCUACCUGCUCCGCCUGCCCAAUUUCCACGGGCUCCUGCCCGUGCACUUGGCCGUGAAGGCAAAGAGCUUGUCCUGCCUGGAGCUGCUGGUGAGGAAGGGAGCGGAUGUGAACGCGGUGGAGAGGCAGGGAGGGAGGACCCCCCUUCACCUGGCCGUGGAGAUGGAGAACCUCAACAUGGCCACCCAUCUGGUGAAGAAGCUGGGAGCAGAUGUCAACAGCCGAACCUUUGCUGGGAACACCCCCCUGCACCUGGCUGCUGGGCUGGGCUGCCCCACCCUCACCAAACUGCUCCUCAAAGCCGGGGCAGACGUGCUGUGUGAGAACGACGAGCCCAUCAGCCCGUCCUCCUCGGAGGCCAGCAGUGACACGGACGCUGACUGUGAGGAGCAGGAGGUGGCGAUGGAGCUGGGGGGAUCACCCAUGGCCGUGGAGCCCUGCAGUGACCCCCAGCCCCCUGCCCUGGGGCAGGCAGAGCACCGGCAGCGCCGCUGCCACCUGCCCCUGGACCUGACGCAGAGCCAGAAGGUGCGGGAGAUCCUGCUGCAGGCAUCCCAGCAUCGUCCUGAGGCUGAGCUGCCUGCUGCCCCCCAGCCAGGGAAGGUCCUGUCGCUGGACACUGAGGCACUGCAGGGGCUGGAGCAGCUGCUGAACCAGGACUGCAGUGGGUCGGACUGGAUCGAGCUGGCCAAACGCCUGGGGCUCUGCAGCCUGGUGGAGACCUAUAAGGCCACCCCCUCACCCAGCCUCAGCCUCCUGCGCAGUUACGAGCUGGCGGGGGGCAGCCUGGGGGGGCUGCUGGAGGCACUGGACUCCAUGGGGCUGCGCAACGCCGUCAGGAUGCUCCACAAAACCGAGGCGCUGGAGAAGCUGCAGAGCACAGAGCUGAAGGAAGACAGUGCCUACGGCAGCCAGUCGGUGGAGGAGGGGCAGGUGCCCACCACGCUGGCCCUGAAGCCGGGGGGCGAGCUGCCCCACAGCCAGCAGCCACAGGUGCACUGAGGGGGGGGCUGCACCGACCCCCACCCUGCCCUGCCCACCCAAGUGCCUUCCAGACUUAGGGCCCAGCUGCCUGGACUCAGGGGAGCGGGAUGCAGCUGGCUCCUGCCCCUCUCUGCUCUUAUUUAAUUCUGAAUAAAGGGACACGGAUUCCCUUUGCCUUUGCCUGCCUCUCUCCAGCCCCAGCCUCGAGUGGAGGGGGGGACUGGGGGGGGCACUAGCCCGGAGGCCAGCAGCAAGAAGGCAGCCCCGGGCCCUCCUCAGCAUCCCUCCCUCUGUGCUGGGGCUGACCCCGGCUGUGGGGGAGAAACCACAGUGCACACAAGAAGUGAAGAGCAAGUUUUUACUUCAUUAACUGAGAAGAGACGAAGCUGUACAAAUAUUUUUUCUCCCCCCCUCCCCUGCCCCCCAAAACCGCUGGGGGCAAGGGUGGGUUGUUGG